AUGGACUCUGACGUGGACAACGGGAUCGCGAACAAUCGUAGGAACAAGCAAAUUGAGAUCAUCUCCGCAAAAAGCCUAAAGUCCUGCGGCGAUCCGUCCUUGCAGUACUUUCGCGAAGAGCCAGACGUUCUCAACCCGCGGAUCGUCAUGGUGGACGCACUUGAGUGUCUUGACGAGCAAGCAGCGGGGGGCGGGGAAAAAGACACACAUCCUGAAGAGGGCGAUGCAAACUAUGAC